UUGUCGCGUUCGGGGUGGAACCUUCAAGGUCUAUGUGGACUGUAGGAAAAGUUACAACGGAUAAGACCUAUUCUCGCGCACGUAAGCAGCAAUAAGGUCGUGUCGGGACUGCUUAAAGACCAACUUGAAAAAUUCCUAAUCUAUAAUUGAAAUCCACCUCAUUAUUCAGUCCAUUUGGUGAUAAUAUGUUCAAUUCAUACACUAUACCCAAGCCCUAAAUACCCAGUAUGUCCUAAUGACCGGGCGAGACAACAGUGCGCCCAUGCACUACCCAGUCUGGCGACAAUACUGACGACGAAGAAGAAGCCGAACUUAAUUUAAGUUGAUUGGUUGAUUAGUCAGGUAUUGUGUUGACAACACGCGGCGAAACAUUUCAGUUUUGACAGGGGCGGUUCUGCACCUUGCCUGACCUCCACCAACAGUGCCACCUUCUCCUCACGCCCCCCUGUUCCUCCCUCCUCUCCCCUAUCAGUUUGGACUCCUUUGUCCCGACUGAGUCAUGUUAGAUGUCAGUAAAUGGCCCGUGUUCUCUUUGCUAAGCACUAAGCAACUAGCCACGGUCCAACAGGCCUGCGUCUUUGGAGCCUCCAGUAACGAAGCCAUCUACAUUACUCAUGACAAUGAGGUGAAGAGUGUGUGUGCCCCACAUCAGAAUAUCUUGCCUCCUGAGGCUGCUCCUAAGCUAUUUGUGGUUGGUUUGAACUGCAGUAGCUGCCUCGGUACUGGCAACACUGUGAGCACCAUUGUGCCAAAGAAGCUAGACUUCCUGAAGGGGAAGAAGGUCAUCAGCUUGAGUUACGGCAGCGGACCCCAUGUCCUACUGGCCACUGGGGAUGGACAGGUGUUUGCUUGGGGGCACAAUGGCUACAGUCAGCUGGGGAACAGGACCACCAACCAGGGUCUGUCCCCAGUCACCCCACACAUACCAAGCAAAGUGACAGAGGUGGCUUGUGGCUCCUAUCAUUCCAUGGCUCUCACUUGGGAUGGCGAGCUCUUUGCGUGGGGUUACAAUAACUGUGGCCAGAUUGGUUCAGGCUCCACAACUAGCCAGCCCUUCCCCAGGAAAGUCGCCGGCUGCUUGGUGGGCAGGACUGUAGUGGGCAUCACAUGUGGACUGGCAUCCUCCUUUGCUCUUCUCAACAAUGGAGAGGUUCAUGCCUGGGGCUACAAUGGUAAUGGACAACUGGGUGUUGGAAACAGUACAAACCAGCUGAUGCCUUGCUGUCUUGCUGCACUCAAAGGGCUGCGUAUUCAUCAAAUUGUGUCAGGCUAUGGCCACUGCCUGGCACUAACAGAUGAAGGGCUGCUGUUUGCCUGGGGAGCAAACACCUAUGGUCAGUUGGGAACUGGCAACAAGGGCACCUACCUCAGCCCAGUACAAAUCAUGGAAGGCAAGGACAGGUUUGUGGAGGUCGCUGCCUGCCAUUCCACAAAUACUUCUGCAGCCAAGACCCAAAGUGGGCAGGUGUAUGUGUGGGGUCAGUGUCGAGGCCAGUCCGUUGUCCUGCCACACCUCACAGAGUUCACCAACACAGACAACGUCUUUGCCUGCUUUGCAACACCCUCUGUCAUGUGGAGGCUCAUGUCUGUAGAGCAUGAUGACUUCCUGACAGUUGCUGAGGCUCUGAGGAAAGAGUUUGACAAUCCAGAAACGGCUGACGUUGCAUUCAGCAUUAAAGGCAGAUUAAUUCACGUUCACAAAGCUGUGCUGAAGAUCAGGUGUGAGCACUUCCGAUCGAUGUUUCGCUCCCAAUGGACAGAGGAUCAGCAGAUGGUGAUAACCAUUGACCAGUUCUCCUACCCUGUCUACAGGGCCUUCCUGCAGUUUCUCUACACGGAUACUGUCAGUCUUCCCCCUGAGGAUGCCAUCGACCUGUUGGACCUGGCCACAUCGUACUGUGAAAGACACCUGAAACGCCUGUGUCAGCAGAUCAUCAAGAGAGGAAUUACUGUUGACAAUGCCUUCACCCUGCUGUCUGCUGCUAUACAAUAUAAUGCAGAGGAACUGGAAGACUUUUGUUUUAAGUUCUGUGUCCGCCAUCUUACUGAGGUAACUCGGACUAAAGCCUUCUGGCAGGCGGACGGAGGGCUGCUCAAGCAGUUAAUCAGCAGGGCCAGUCGCUGUGGAGCCUUCAAGUACUGAGUAGUAUUGUAACAGUUUUUAAUAUAAAUAUAAACACUGUUCUGACCAAGUGAA